GGGAGGGCAAGCUCGGUGCCGGCGCCCUCACGGGGCUGGAGGUGUGACGCCGUGGCGGGAAGAUGGCGGCUGCGGCGAGCCUCCCGGCUUCGGCCACGGCUCUCGGGGAGGUGGAGGAUGAGGGGCUCCUGGCGUCGCUGUUCCGCGACCGCUUCCCGGAGGCGCAGUGGCGGGAGAAGCCCGACGUGGGCCGCUAUCUGCGGGAGCUGAGCGGCUCCGGGCUGGAGCGUCUGCGACGCGAGCCCGAGCGCCUGGCGGAGGAGCGGGCGCAGCUGCUGCAGCAGACGCGCGAUCUGGCCUUCGCCAACUACAAGACCUUCAUCCGCGGCGCCGAGUGCACCGAGCGCAUCCACCGCCUCUUUGGCGACGUGGAGGCGUCGCUCGGCCACUUGCUCGAUCGCUUGCCCAGCUUCCAGCAGAGCUGCAGGAACUUUGUGAAAGAGGCUGAGGAGAUCAGCUCCAGUCGCCGGAUGAACACCCUGACUUUGAACCGACACAUGGAGAUCCUGGAGAUCCUAGAGAUUCCUCAGCUCAUGGACACCUGUGUCCGCAACAGCUAUUAUGAAGAGGCCCUGGAGCUUGCAGCCUAUGUCCACCGUCUGGAAAGGAAAUACUCCUCCAUCCCUGUCAUCCAGGGCAUCGUGACUGAGGUGCGCCAGUCCAUGCAGCUGAUGCUGAGCCAGCUCAUCCAGCAGCUGAGGACCAACAUUCAGCUCCCUGCCUGCCUCCGCGUCAUUGGCUUCCUGCGGUGCAUGGAUGUCUUCACAGAGGCGGAGCUGAGAGUCAAAUUUCUCCAAGCCCGAGACGCUUGGCUCCGUUCCAUCUUGACUGCCAUCCCUAAUGACGAUCCCUACUUCCACAUCACCAAAACCAUCGAGGCUUGCCGUGUCCAUCUGUUCGAUAUCAUCACCCAGUACCGGGCCAUCUUCUCAGAUGAGGACCCACUACUGCGCCCAGCCGCGGGCGAGCAAAUUGUGAAUGAGAGUGCCAUCUUCCACGGCUGGGUGCUGCAGAAAGUCUCCCAGUUCCUGCAGAUGCUGGAGUCCGACCUGCACCGGGGGAUCGGCGGUCGCCUAGACUCCCUGCUGGGCCAGUGCAUGUACUUUGGGCUGUCCUUCAGCCGCGUUGGGGCGGAUUUCCGUGGCCAGUUGGUUCCUAUUUUUCAGCGGGUGGCCAUCAGCACUUUCCAGAAGGCAGUUCAGGAAGCUGUGGAGAGGUUUCAGGAUGAAAUGAUCUCCUACACCCUCAUCUCAGCUCCAGCCAUCCUGGGCAGCUCUAACCUUCCCGCAGCUGUGCCGGUCACCCAGCCUGGGACCCUGCAGCCACCAAUGGUUCUCUUAGACUUCCCACCCCUUGCCUGCUUCCUCAACAACAUUCUGGUCGCCUUCAAUGAUCUGCGUCUCUGCUGCCCUGUGGCCCUAGCACAGGAUGUGACGAGGGCCCUGGAGGAUGCCCUUGCCAAGGUCACCAAAGUAAUUCUGGCGUUCCAUCGUGCUGAAGAGGCUGCCUUCAGCAGUGGGGAGCGAGAGCUCUUCGUCCAGUUCUGCACUGCCUUCCUGGAAGACCUUGUUCCUUACUUAAAUCGCUGUCUCCAAGUCCUUUUCCCACCGGCUCAGAUAGCACAGACAUUAGGCAUCCCGCCCGCCCAGCUUUCCAGGUACGGGAACCUGGGCCACGUGGACGCCGGCGCCUUCCAGGAGCCGCUCGCCUUCCUGCUGCCGAAGAGAGAGCCGCUCCCGGGGCUGGACGACGAGGCGGUGGCCGAGCCCGGCGUGCCCGCCGCGGCCGCCGAGCCGGGCCCCGCGCCGGCCGCCCCGAUGCCCGAGGCGGGGGAGCCGGGCCCGGCGGAGGCCAGCGCGGGCGGCCAGCAGGCGGCAGCCGGCGCGCGCACCCGCCUCCCGGCGUGCAGCGGGCCUGGGCCGGGCGGCGGCGGCGCCAUGAGCCCGCUGGGCACAGUUCUGCGGCUGCUGCGGGCGCCGUGGGCGCUCGGCGGUGCCCGGGCCUGCAGCUCCGCGGCCGCGGCGGGCGGCCCCGAGGGCCCGGCGCGCCGGCGCUCCUACUGGCGCUACGUGCGGCGGCUGGUGCGGGGCGCGCCGGCGCCCCCGUACCUGCACGUGUGUCAGGUCGGAGACCCCGUGCUGCGGGCCGUGGCGGCUCCGGUGGAGCCCGCGCAGCUGGGGGGCCCCGAGUUGCAGCGGCUGGUGCAGCGGCUGGUGCAGGUGAUGCGGCGGCGGCGCUGCGUGGGCCUGAGCGCGCCGCAGCUCGGGGUGCCGCUGCAGGUGCUGGCCCUGGAGUUGCCCGAGGAGCUCUGCCGCACCUGCGCGCCUCGCCUGCGCGCCGCCCGCCAGAUGGAGCCCUUCCCCCUGCGCGUGUUCGUCAACCCCAGCCUGCGGGUGCUGGACCGCCGCCUGGUCACCUUCCCGGAGGGCUGCGAGAGCGUGGCCGGCUUCCUGGCCUGCGUGCCCCGCUUCCAGGCUGUGCAGAUAGCAGGGCUGGACCCUCAGGGAGGGCACGUGGAGUGGCAGGCCAGCGGGUGGGCAGCCCGCAUCCUGCAGCACGAGAUGGACCACUUGCAGGGCUGCCUGUUCAUUGACAAAAUGGACAGCAAGACCUUUACCAAUGUCCACUGGAUGGAGGUGAAUGACUGAAGCUGCCCUGCAGCAUCCAAGAUGCUCAUUACGAGACAAACACUUGGCCUUUGAGUUGGGCCUGCACCAACUUAGCAUCCACUUGACAGAAAAUGCUGGGCGACCAAAAGCAGGCCACAGCGAAUUGUUUGGAAAGAUGUUAAAUAUUUGCCCUGAAAGAGUUGUGAGCAAAAAGCUGCCUUCAACUGGAGAAGAAAAUACUUCACUACGGAGAGAUUUCCUGACAAUUGGGUAGAGAUAAGUGGGACAAGUCAGCCACUUUCAGGACUUCAUAAGGGCUCCCCAAAGCCAAAAUUUAUUAACAAGGUAUUCCCAGACUGUUGAAAAAUGCGGACCACGUUUGUGUGGCCAUAUUCACCAAAUUCUGACCUUCAUUGGGCCUGUGUGUAUCUUGCUGCAGGGCCUCUCCUGGCUUAGGCAUCACUUUGCUGGUGGAAAUAAAAUGCAGGAAAGAAUGGCC